CCGAACUUUUCUAAUUUCCUUAAUUAGAAAGAAAUUAACAGUGUUAAUUAUUCGUAAUUAUAAUCUAUACAAAUUAUUUGAAAAUAGAUGGCUGAUACAAUGACACAAGAACAGACGACUGAGUUCAGAGAAGCUUUCUGUCUGAUUGACAAAGAUUCUGAUGAAAUACUAUUAGACGAUAUUGAAGCUGAUGGAGAUCAUGGCACUGUUGAUUUCAUAGAGUUUUUAGAUAUUAUGUCAAGAAAAAUGGAGGAAAAUAUAGCAGACGAACUAAAAGAAGCAUUCAAAGUAUUUGAUCGGGACCAAGAUGGGUUCAUAUCGGCCAUUGAGCUGAGGAAUGUGAUGUUGAAUUUGGGAGAAAGAUUGAGUGAUGAAGAAGCUGAACAGAUGAUAAAAGAAGCUGAUUUUGAUGGAGACGGACUUGUUAGCUUUGAAGAAUUUGCCAGGAUGAUGGCUUCAUAGUCCUGUUGAUUAUGCACAAACUUUCUUUUUCCUUUUUCCUUUUUUCAAAAAUCAUUACUAAUUAGGUGUUGAAAAUAAUGUUUUACAGAGAAAUUUUCUUAGCUCGUGAAUAGUAUAGGGAAAGUGUGAAAAUGAAGCAGAGACAUAUAUUGUAACAUAAUAUUUGCUAGUCGUUAGAGCAUGACUUGAUACGAGA